CGAGAAGCAUAGCAUGUAUUCAUCAUCACGACCAACAGAUAGAAUGCUGUUCAAUCCUGCAGGGGGACUCAAGCCAUUUGGGCAGUGAACUUUGUGUAACCUUCUUCCCGGUACGACCUUCUGAUUGUACUAUAAAUAAGGCUGUUCCAUCGUGAACAAAUUCAAUUAUAAUUUCCCCAUCUUCACAAUAUUCAAAGCAUCUCCCAAUUGCUACUACUCAUAACAUCUCUAACAAUGUCUCAUCUCAUCGGUUCCGACGUAAUGUCAAUGCUUCCAAUCGAACCUUUAGACAAAUCUGUCAGCUUGAAAGGCAAACCAGACAGUCAAGGUAAUCCAACAACACCUCUUCGUAGAUAUGGUUAUUCUACACCACCAAAGAAAGAAGAUUCGAAGUCCAAACAAAUGCCAGUCACUGCACCUCGUCAAAGUUUCGAAACUGAUUCAACCGCUUUCAGUAUCAACGAACAACCUUACAACAAAACAGGCACUCAAUCUCGUCAAUAUGCUAAAGACUUCACCGUUUCUGAUGAUGUCCAAACUAUGCUCAAAGGUCGUUCACGUGGAGGUGGUUUAGCACUCGAUGGAGAACCGUUACGUUCAUCUGCAAAAGGUGAUUUGAAAAAGUCAAAAUCAAACUCUUCCUCCUCCUCUUCGUCAUCAUCAUCCUCAAACUCAUCAUCCAACGGACUAAAGGGAAAGAGUGUCAAAGAUGCAAUUCUUUCCAAAUUUGGAGGAAAAGGCAACAAGAGCAAGUCAAACACUCCAGAAAAAGAAACUUGAUGUCAAUCAUCAACGCUUCUUCUCUGUUAAUGGUUUAUUAUUUUAUGAUAUCUUGAAGUCAUUUCGAUGUCAGUCUCGCAUCGCGCAAUUUUUGUUCGGACACACCUGCGCAAAAAGUGUGAUCUUUUCUACUCGAGUUUGGGUUCUUUAGAGCCCAAAUUAGCUCAAUCAGUAUGCUGGAUGACGAAAAAGAGUAAGAGAGGGUAGUAGGCUACGGCCUCCCCUCUUUUGCUCGUGUUUCAAUAGGAUUCUUUUCGUCAUCACUUUCUCCAAAAGGCAUUGAUUAUUGCUGGUAUUUGUGACUGUCUCCUGUCAUUAAAACACUUUCUCUUUAUUCC